AACUCGUACACAACCGGAACCUUUGACCAAACGCUGCAAAACUCGGAUUUAUUUAUUGGUGACACCUAGGGAAACAGCUGUUUUGAUCGGCUAACGUUAGUAGCUAACUACAGACAACUUACUGGCUGACUUAACGUUAAUCAUAUAUUAUAUUAGCAUAUUACUGAUUCCCGACCUUGUACAAUUCACAGGUGGAUUGGAGGGCUGUUGCCAUGGAGCCUGCCUGCCGUAAAGACAAGCCGAAGCUGAACUCGACACCGACCAGAGGAGACAGAGCCAAGCAGAAGUCCGCACAGCAGGAGCUCAAGCAGCGCCAGAGAGCAGAGAUUUACGCCUUGAACAAGGUGAUGACAGAACUGGAACAGCAGCAGUUUGAGGCCUUUUGUAAACAGAUGCAAUCACAAGGAGAAUGAGUCCUGCCUUCGUCCUUCCGCUGGACCAGGACCUGUCAGCCUGCAAAAA